UUUCGGGGGGUUCUCAUCAUUCAUCGACAUACACACAUAGAAUCCCCAGUGUCUCAAAAAAUAUCACUUCUUUUUUUCUUCUUUCAAAAUCACCUCUAUUGUGGCCACAUGCUUUUGGGCUGAAAUAGCAAACACCAAUUGAUUAUUAGCCUCUUGAACUGUUGCAUUUGGAUUGCCAUUUUCUUCCCCCGGCCCCUUCAUUAGGAAAAACGGUUAGUAAAGUUCAUGAAGGGAUGGAAAUGGCAAUGGCUGAUAAUGAGAGUGGAAGAAGUACUGGGAAUUGGAGGAAAAAAAUGGUUGUUUUGGUUGACCAGCUGAGGGGGUUUCCUAGUUUGGCUUGUAAGAAUAUGUGGAAGAUGGGGCGUGAUGAUCCAAGAAGGCUCAUCCAUGCUUUCAAAGUAGGUUUCUCUCUCACUCUUGUGUCUUUGCUCUAUCUCUUGGAGCCAAGCUUCCAAGGGAUUGGAGAGAAUGUCAUGUGGGCUGUCAUGACCGUCGUCUUAGUCUUUGAGUUCACCGCAGGGGCAACUUUAUGCAAAGGCCUCAACAGAGGAUUGGGGACAGUGUUUGCAGGAGCACUGGCAUUUGUUGUUAAAUAUGUUGCAAAUGGAUCUGGCCGCGCCUUUCAUGCUUUUUUCAUUGGAACUACCGUUUGUAUUGUAGGUGCUGCAACCAGUUAUAUGAGAUUCUUCCCCUACAUAAAGAAGAAUUAUGAUUAUGGGGUCCUUAUAUUUCUCUUGACCUUCAACUUGAUAACUGUUUCGAGUUACCGGACCGAAAAUCUCUUCAAGAUGAUAUACCAGCGCUUCUACACCAUAGCCAUAGGCUGUGCCAUAUGCCUUCUGAUGAGUCUAUUGGUAUUUCCAAAUUGGUCAGGGGAAGCUCUCCAUAACUCAACAGCUUUCAAGCUUGAAGGCCUAGCUAAAUCUAUAGAAGCUUGUGUCAACGAAUACUUUAAUGGAGAAAUGGAAGCCUCUAAUGAUAAAAUAUCAGCUGAGGAUAUAUACAAAGGUUACAAGGCUGUUUUGGAUUCAAAAACCACUGAUGAAACUCUGGCAUUACAUGCAAGUUGGGAGCCAAGACAUUCAUGUCACAAAUUUCCAUGGCAGCAGUAUGUAAAAGUUGGAACUGUUCUUCGUCAAUUUGGGUAUACAGUGGUAGCCCUACAUGGCUGUUUGAAAACAGAAAUUCAGACUCCACCAUCGGUUCGAGUCCUGUUCAAGAACCCUUGCACAAAGCUUGCAUCAGAAGUAUCAAAAGUCCUGAUAGAACUUGCCAAUAGCAUAAGGAACCGUCGCCGUUGCUCUCAAGAAAUACUCUCUAAUAAUCUCCAAGAAGCCCUGCAGGACCUCAACACUGCCAUAAAGUCUCAGCCUCGGCUUUUCUUAGGCACCUCCAACGACAGCCAAGACACUGACAUAUUGGCCAUAGCCGCAGCACACGCAGCAGGACUAAGAAACCAAGGAAAUGGCUCGCUAUCAAGUGUUAAAAUAGACACUUCAACCUUGCAAGAGUGCAAAGCACAAUGCACUGAACAGCCAAAGGAAGCAGCAGAACGAAAGAUGUUGAGACACCAGCUGAGUAUAAUCGCAAUAACUAGCCUUGAGUUCUCUGAAGCCUUGCCUUUUGCUGCCUUUGCAUCUUUGCUUGUGGAGACAGUGGCAAAAUUGGACCUUGUUAUAGAGGAAGUUGAAGAACUAGGGAGGUUAGCACGCUUCAAAGAUUACAGACACGAUGAUAAGAUUGUUAUCAGUUGUGAAACACCACGAGUUGAUGUGUUAGAAGACCAUAUACCUACUCGUGGAGCAGAAUAAAUAUAGGAGGAGCCUAGGAAAUGCAUUCUUUCUUGGACAUGGAUUUUUUUAUGAUAUAUAUACAUAUGUUUUGAUGUUCAAAAAAAAAAAAAAUAUCUC